ACGCUGGGAAGAUGCUUCUGGAUGCUGGACCGCAGUAUCCCGCCAUAGGAGUCACUACCUUCGGAUCCUCUCGCCACCACUCCACGGCCGAUGUCACGGACAGAGAAGUGGGGCUGGGGAUCAACCCCUUCGCCGACGGCAUGGGCGCCUUCAAAAUCAACCCCAGCACCCACGAGCUGGCCUCGGCCGGCCAGACCGCCUUCACCUCGCAGGCGCCCGGCUACGCGGCGGCGGCCCUGGGGCACCACCACCACCCGACCCAUGUCAGCUCCUACUCCAGCGCCGCCUUCAACUCCACCCGGGACUUUCUGUUCCGCAACCGCGGCUUCGGGGAGGCGGCGGCCGCCAGCGCCCAGCACAGCCUCUUCGCCUCCGCCGCCGGCAGCUUCGCCGGACCCCACGGACACACCGAUGCCGCGGGACAUAUACUUUUCCCGGGGCUGCACGAACAAGCCACCAGCCACGCUUCGCCUAACGUGGUGAACGGGCAGAUGCGCCUGGGCUUCUCCGGAGACAUGUACGGCAGACCCGACCAGUACGGCCAGGUCACCAGCCCCCGCUCCGAGCACUACGCCUCGACCCAGCUGCACGGCUACGGCCACAUGAACAUGAACAUGGCAGCCCACCACGGGGCAGGGGCCUUCUUUCGUUACAUGCGGCAGCCCAUCAAACAGGAACUCAUCUGUAAGUGGAUUGAGCCCGAGCAAUUGUCAAACCCCAAAAAGUCCUGCAACAAAACUUUCAGCACGAUGCACGAGCUGGUGACUCAUGUCACGGUGGAGCACGUUGGAGGACCCGAGCAGUCCAAUCACAUAUGUUUCUGGGAAGAGUGUCCAAGAGAAGGGAAACCUUUCAAGGCCAAAUAUAAACUUGUAAAUCACAUCAGAGUCCACACAGGUGAAAAACCUUUCCCCUGCCCUUUCCCAGGCUGUGGCAAAGUGUUUGCCAGAUCAGAGAAUCUCAAAAUACACAAAAGAACUCAUACAGGUGAAAAACCAUUUAAGUGUGAAUUCGAGGGCUGUGACAGGCGCUUUGCAAACAGCAGCGACCGCAAAAAGCACAUGCAUGUGCACACUUCCGACAAGCCCUAUCUCUGCAAAAUGUGUGACAAGUCCUACACGCACCCCAGCUCCCUCAGAAAGCACAUGAAGGUCCAUGAAUCAUCCUCGCAGGGGUCCCAGCCUUCUCCCGCCGCCAGCUCAGGCUACGAGUCCUCCACCCCUCCAACCAUCGUGUCUCCAUCCACAGAAAACCAGACCGCCAGCUCCUUAUCCCCUUCCUCCUCCGCAGUCCACCACACGUCCAGCCACAGCACGCUUACAUCAAAUUUUAACGAAUGGUACGUCUAAAACGCGAAAACAAAACGACAAAAAAACACAAAAUGAAACAAAAUAAAAAAGCCCCAAGCGAGCAAACAAAUACCCUAUUUAAAGACUCCAAAAAUAAUGAACACUUUGAAAUCAGAAUUUAAAUGAGCAAACAAAAAUAAAAUGCUGCCAGUAGACCCAGGACUGAGUAAAAUGAAGACUUCAUUUUUAAAUUUUUUUUCUUCCUUUCUUUUUUUUCUUUUAUUUCUUUUUUUUCCCUUUUCUUUCUUUCCUUUUC